AUGCCUCUUAGUCAGAAAUUGGAUGAGCCUCUUGUUACAAUUGAGAUUGCUGACUCCAGCACAAUGCAGCAGGCAGUCGAUCCUCUUGCGACCACAAGCACGCCAUCGGCGGAGCCCGUAAACGGUGCUCCGCCUGACGAGUCGGCACGUCGGCAGGGGCGGAUAACAAACCAGCUGCAAUUUCUACAAAAGAAUGUAAUGAAAGCAGUAUGGAAACAUCAGUUUGCUUGGCCUUUUCACCAACCUGUAGAUGCAAAGAAAUUAAACCUUCCUGAUUACCACAAAAUCAUUAAGAAGCCUAUGGAUUUAGGCACAAUUAAGAAACGUCUUGAAUCCAACUAUUACUAUUCAGCUCAGGAAUGCAUUCAAGACUUCAACACUAUGUUCACCAAUUGUUAUGUUUACAAUAAGCCGGGCGAGGAUGUGGUGGUUAUGGCACAAACCCUGGAGAAAUUGUUUUUAAACAGGAUAGCACAAAUGGACAAAGAGGAGAAGGAAAUUGAAGCGCCGUCAAAAGGUGCCAAAGGUGUAGUGAAAAAGCGUGGCACUGGAGGCCCUAGUGCGACUGUGGGUGGAACACCAACUACGCCAGCGGUGCCGGCAUCCAGGCCCGCGGUCAAGGCUUUGCCACCUACACCGCAUCCGGCGGUUGUAGGCUCCACCAAUACCACGACCACUCCUGCCAUCACCACACCCUCCGUCACACCACCCGCUACUCAUACCGGGUUGCCGCAACAGGUUGCGACACAACCGACUAAUUUUCACGUAACCCAGCCCGCUGCACCACCUCCCGUUACAGCUAUACCGGCAGUUACGCUAUCGCAAACUCAACCGGCUAAGGUGAAAAAGGGUGUCAAAAGAAAAGCCGAUACCACUACACCCAUGGGCAGUUCGUUUGAAGGUGGUUACACCACACCCACCAUCGAUCAACAAAGUGGUCCUAAACCUGCAAAAAUAUCCACCAGAAGAGAAAGUGGUCGCCAGAAAAAGGCGAGUAGAACAGGUGAUGAGAGCUUUAAAAUGGGAGGUUUAUCUCCGAGUGGUGCAGGUGCUUCACACCACUCUGGCAUGACCCCACAGUUAGCUAAAAGUAAAGAGAAACUCUCGGAUGCUUUAAAAAGUUGUAAUGAAAUUUUAAAGGAAUUAUUUUCUAAAAAACAUUCGGGAUAUGCAUGGCCAUUCUAUAAACCUGUAGAUGCUGAGUUACUUGGACUUCAUGACUAUUUCGAUAUUAUCAAAAAACCUAUGGACCUAGGAACGGUUAAGCAAAAGAUGGACAAUAGGGCAUAUAAAACAGCCGCUGAAUUUGCCGCUGAUGUACGCCUAAUAUUUACAAAUUGCUAUAAGUACAAUCCACCGGAUCAUGAUGUUGUUGCAAUGGCUCGAAAAUUACAGGAUGUCUUCGAAAUGAGGUAUGCAAAGAUUCCUGAUGAACCCAUUCAUGUUGGAGUACCCCACAUGGAUAAGGGAAGCUCUGCAUCCAGCUCAGAAUCAGGAUCCGAGUCUGAGUCGGAAUCAGAUGAUUCUGAAGAGGAGAGAAAUAAUAAAGUUAAGCUCCUUGAAAAAGAGUUGCUUGCAUUACAAGAGAAAAUGAGAAAAUUAGUAGAGGAGUCUAAUACUAAAAAGAAGGCUAAGAAAAAAGUAAAAGAUAAAACCAAAAAGCCGUCAAUAUCAAAUAAUACCGUUCCUAAGACUAAUGCAGCUGCAGCGUAUGCCGCGAAAGCAAAUAAUAUUGCAGAAAAUUUAGCGAACAGCGGUGCACGAGGCAAGACGGGUAGCAAACGCGGCGCUGGCGGCGCGGCCGGGGGCGCAGGCACGGGCGCCGGCGGCAAGGCGGGCGCGCGCGCGGCCGCUCCCGCCAAGAAGAAGAGCGCGCCGCCCGCAGCAGCGCCGCUGCCGCACCAACCCCCGCAUCCCGACUCGGACGACGAGGAUGUCGCCAAGCCUAUGUCCUACGACGAGAAAAGACAGCUUUCCCUCGAUAUAAACAAACUGCCUGGUGACAAACUUGGCAAAGUUGUCCACAUCAUACAGAGUAGAGAACCCUCAUUGCGAGACUCUAACCCUGAUGAAAUAGAAAUUGAUUUUGAAACGUUGAAACCAUCUACGCUUCGAGAAUUAGAAAACUAUGUUGCGUCAUGUCUUCGGAAAAAGACACAUCGUAAAGUAUCUGGGAAAUCUAAGGAUGAACAAAUGGCAGAAAAGAAACAAGAGUUAGAAAAACGGUUACAAGAUGUAUCUGGACAACUUGGAGCAAAUAAAAAACAACAGCAGAAGAAAGAGGGCUCACCGACACCAGUUCUUCGGACAGCAGUGAUAGUGAAGCAGGCACUGGCCCCAGCAGAACCCCCAAAAAAAAAGGCGAAGAAGCAGCACAUACACCCACCACAAGCCCUAAAACCUGUAGCUCCUGUAAAUGCAGCAGCAACGGUUGUAGCAGCGGGAACGGCGCCGGCAUCAGCUCUUGCUUCGGGCCAUACCGCCGCCGAAAAUGCUCCGCCACCCGUGGCCGAGGCUAAGCCUCUUGUGGCGCCCGAGCCGCCGUCAGAACCUGAGCCCAAGGAGUCGGCCGCGCCUCCAGCGCUCGUGCCGCUUCCCGCCGCGUCCGCAGCUAGUGUCGUCCCCGACUCUUCUUUAGCUUCUCUUGCACCACUCGCCCCUCUGGCCCCGGUUGUUCGUACCCCGGAGGAACCGAAACCGGCUGUUAAAAUGGAGCCGCGAAAUGGCCUGGACAAGGUUGAUCAGUCACAGUACAUAGAUCCGAUCGAAAGAUCUCUGGCUAGUCUGGAGCGAAGUCUAAAAGCUGACGUUCCGCUGGACGUCAGCGUGGGUGUUUCGGAGUCAUCGAUGCGUCUGGAGGAGGAGUUUUCGCUUCCUAAACCACAAAUAAUGCCAGACACGGCACAUCAAAAUUUAAUGGCUCAGCUUGGGGGUUUGACGGAUGUCGCUCGUGUACCUGAGAUUAAAACUGAGAUGUAUCUUCCUGCGCACAAUGGGUUUGUUGACAAAAUUACUCACGAGCGCGAGAUACCCAGACCCGAUGUCACUACUAACAUCCCAGGUAUGACAAGCCUAGCCACGGUGUCGUCGAUUUUUGACCCACUGCCGACGACACAGCAUAGCGUUAUUGCUCAAUCUCAUCAUAAUAUGUCGAAUCCACCAUCACUCCUUACACCCGUUAUAAAAAAGGAGGACGUAAAACCACUCCUUACGCCAAAACCCAUUGAGGAUUUGAUGGGAGUUCCUAAUAUGGUCUCGAAUAAUAUGUCCGACCGUGCUAAAUAUGAAAUGGAAAAGAAAGUAGAAGACUCGAAGAACUCAAAUUUUGCGCAAGCUUUUAAACUCAAGCAAGAUCCCAAUUUGAAGAAUGCGAGUUCUUGGUCAUCCCUGGCGCAAGCUGGCAGUCCGCAAAGUAUACCAAAUAUGAAUACCAACAAUCAAAUAAAGCAGAAACCUGUUAUGGACAGCUUCCAAGCUUUCAAGAAACAAGCGCGUGAAAAAAUAGAUCGUCAAAGGGCGCUUAUCGAACAGCAGGAGCUAAGGAAAAAGGAACAAGCUGAAAGAGAAAGACAACGCCAAGAGACAGAAAGGCGACAUCCCGACGAGGAAAAAAUGAGUUCCAGAGCCGUGCGCAAGGCGGAAAGUGCGGAGGUGGCGUCGCCGCACGUGUCGCCGGUAGCUCGCGCGUCGCCGCCGGCCGCGGCCGCCGCCGCCGCCGCCGCCGCCGCGGCUGCUGCGCCCGAUAAGCCGCCCGCCUCAGAGCGCGAGCGCCUGCGUCAGCGCGAGCAGGAGCGCCGCCGACGCGAGGCCAUGGCUGGUCAGAUAGAUAUGAACAUGCAGAGUGAUUUGAUGGCCGCAUUUGAGGAAUCACUCUAA